AUGACGGUGGAAAACAGUACCAUAGCGAGAAGUUCGAGACUUGAAAACCCGGUACUGGAGCUUACCGUUCAAGUUUUCGACGACCCGGAGCAGAGCAAGGCCGACGUCGAGAAAUUCCUCAGUGAUACACGGAGGCACGUGGCAGCGAGAUACGAUUUCAAACACAUAAGUGUGAAGCCUUCGCCGAAAUAUUACGAAGAAACUUCUCAUUUGCUCAAAUACGAAAUCUGCUUCCGUCGAGCCCGUGCAUCAUAUUCGUUCUGCCGUUUUCGCUUCUUGCAAUGGUGGUGCUAUCUGAUGCAUUUCUGGGCUUUCCCCACCGACAAGAAGCCAAACUGGGAAAGAUCGCAUCUCUUGAGGGACACUUUCGUCACGAUCGGCAACCUGAUUGCGCCGUCCGUCUUCAUCGAGCACCACGUCCUUUCGAAUGCCUGCACGGUUUUCGAGCACUCGCUACAGCUCAUAAACAUUUAUGUCGACAAGCAGGCAGCGGGUCUGAUUCGGAUGUCUAUCCGAUACAACCAAGUUCGGAGGAUGCUGGUCAAUAUCAUCGACAGCAAUCACGUGAAUUUGUUCCUGCACCUCAAAACAGUCCCCCUGCUCUCUCACGUCGACGCCGGACAAGUCGCCAACCAGAGGCAUUCUGCGCGAGCAAGCAACAAAGAAUUGCACGACGAAGAUAUAGUUUCGCAUCAGAGGUGUCACGACUUGAGUCGGGUCGACAUCAAUCUUCCGAAUGCGUCACAGUACGGAGCUUGUCUGACGAUGCGGAUUUCAGUGACUUGCUCGACCGAAACGAUGAUCAAUAUGCUGUCCCGACUCAGCAGAAAGAUUGCGCAUCAUGGUGAAGUGGCCUAUUGCAAAGUGACGAACCGAGUUCCGAAGCAAGUGGGGUGGAGAAUUGACAACGAGAUCUCCGAUCUACCGCUUAGCCAACUCUCCUCGUUCGAGGUCCAGUAUGGACUGUACGCUCUAUUUUCCUGGAGCGACGAGAUAUCCGACCAGUUACACGACAGCGACUCACUGAAGAACGUGUUCUGUUUGAUAGUGUCCAUGGAGGCGAAGUCUCACCAUGCGCUCUACCGAACGAUCAAGGACAUAUUCAAAGCCGUCGAAAACGGAGCCAUUUUCUCUUUCGAGAGAGCGCUCCGAACGCUCUUCGCGAUCCACGACCAAUCCUUGAUCGAGCCGUCGGACGAAGAACAUUCUCACAUUCCAGGUACGGCAUACAUUCGGAGAAUUUUCAUAACACCGACGCGAAAGAUAUUCCGCUUCCCUGAGUUGCACACUCAGAACCGCAUAUUGAGAAACUUCGAGCCGGACUAUGCGAUUCGAGUUUGUUUCCGUGACGAUAAUUUGGAGAAAUUGACGUUCGCCAUCUUCAACAUGAAAACAAAAGAAAGUUUCCUCAAAGAAGUUGUAGGCCGGCAUCUCUGUGAAGGUCUGAAGAUCGGAUCUCGCAGAUACGACUUCGUCGCGGCUUCCUCGUCUCAGCUGAGGGAUCACGGUGUCUGGGUCUACGCAAGGGAUCAAUUCGGCUUCGAAGCCGAGACAAUUCGGGGUUGGAUGGGCGACUUCCAUGACAUCAACAACGUCGCAACACGCAUGGCGAGGAUGGGACAGUGCUUUUCGUCCACUCAAGAAACUGUCGAAAUUCUACCCGAGGAAGAACUCCAUUGGCGAGACAUCACUCAUUUCGAAAGCGUUCACCCCUUGUCAGGAAGACCGUAUUGUUUCUCGGACGGCUGUGGGAAGAUAUCCCAGGAGCUGAUGCAGCAGGUGUGGUGCACUCUCCCCCAUCACGCGAUGGAACUUCACCCCUCAGCGCUUCAAAUCCGCUACAGGGGUUGUAAAGGAAUGAUCUCUCUGGACACCACCCUACCGGGACGCAAGCUCGUUCUCCGAGAGUCGAUGAUAAAGUUCCAGUGCACCUCGCCCCGGAAACUCGAAGUGAUCAAGUGGUCUGCACCGAUGAAUAUGUUCCUGAACAGAUCCCUGAUCGCGAUACUCGAACACCACGGCAUAAGAACUGAUGUGUUUCUGAGACUUCAACUAGAAAUGAUUAUGCAAGUCGCGGAUUCUCUCGUGUGCGAAGCAUCAGCUCUCAGAGUGCUAACGAGUUUCGUAAAGACACCGGUGCCUUUCGCGGGUCUGGCAGAGGUCGGAUGGGAACUCGUCAGAGAUCCAUUCAUCAUUCAAAUGCUAUACGAUCUCUUGAAAAACGCUCUCGUCAACCUCAAAGUGAAAGCUAACGUUGCCAUUCCAGUGAACGAGGGCAGGAACAUGCUAGGUGUGGUUGACGAAACCGGAAUCCUCGACUACGGUCAAGUUUUCAUUCAGUUCACCGAGAUGCCGUAUACCGAUGUGAGCAACGCUCGAGUUCGAAUCGUUGAGGGUGAUGUGGUAAUCACCAAGUGCCCGUGUAUGCAUCCCGGGGACGUUCGAAGGCUUCGUGCUGUAGACGUCCCUCAAUUACGACACAUCAGAGACUGCGUCGUCUUCCCUUCGCGAGGCAAGGCACCGCAUCCUUUCGAAAUGUCUGGCAGCGACCUGGAUGGCGACGAAUACGUUUGCAUAUGGUCGGAGGAAUUGAUUUUCGAGCGCAAUGCUAUGCCGUACGUUUACGAUGAUAAGCCUUUCGGGGUGAACCCGUUCAAGCAUAACUCGGAUGAGACAAACUUCUUCUGUAAUUAUAUCGGCAACGACAUAAUCGGAAUAAUCUCCAACGCGCAUUUAGCUUGGGCGGAUCAAGCCGGUAUAGCGUCCGAGAAGUGCCUCGCGCUCGUGGGAAAGGCAUCGAAAGCCUUGGACUUUGCGAAGACUGGGGAUGCUGCUGAUCUCUAUCCGAACGAGAAGCCGGAGAAAUUUCCUGAUUUCAUGGAGAAAGGGGACCACAAGCAUUCCUACCAGUCGCAGAAAGCUCUAGGCAUUCUGUACCGAACCGUGAGACAGAUCAUGGCCGUCAACGACACGAUGCUCAGUAAAGGAAACAUCGCACCCCUUGAAGUUCCCGGCUGGCAAAUGUUCAGAGAACGCGCUCAGGCCGCGCUCCAGAGGUACAACGAACGGCUAGCGCACAUCAUGGAACAGCACGGUGUGGUAUCUGAGGGCGAGGUUUUUAGCGGCGUCAUCGGGACUGUGAAUACCUUCGAUGCCGUGAGCACAUCGUCCUUCCGGGCGGAAAAAGCGAAUAUUGCUCUUCUUAUCGAGAGGCAGAAAUGCGUUCUCAUGGAAGAGACGAAACAGCAAUUUCAAUGCGAGUUCGAGGAGGAUUGCGCAUUGUUCGGAGCGCGGACCGAGGAGGAUAGACACAUGAUCCGGAUUCAGAAAGCGUCAGCUUGGUACAUGGUCACCUAUACAGAGGACGCGGCGUACUUCAGCUUCCCAUGGUCGAUCGGUCACGCUCUUCUUGAAGCGAAAAGAUGGAUUCGUGACUUCAGCUCUCACGGAAAUCCUCGGGAGAGCAGCGAUUCGGUGGCCAGAAAUCGAAAUAUCUUGAUUCGAGUGGUGGACGAGUGUGCGAGCCAAGAAGGUGGACUGAGCUGGAGUUUGGAUCCACGACCCCAGGUCCGAUUUCACAUCAACCAGUGGUUAGGCGAAGUUGUGAAGAGCCGACCUGAACUGAACGAUUCGAUUUGUGACUUGUGCUACGCUCAAAUCUACGAGGCUUUUGUCCACGAAUGCGUAGAACCGAUGCAGCUCUCGACAGUUGGCGAGUACCUGGUGAGUCUCCUCACAUUCCUUGCAAGCGGUAGAUGCACGUACCCCAAGCUCUGUGACCGAAAAGCCUGCCGGAGAUUUUUCGGGAGCGACUGUCCCCUACUCACGGUGGAAGCGUCGAAAGCGUACGUUCGUUUCGCCAUCAAUAAGGAUGCUUGUUUCUUCGGUUUCCGAUGCAACCAGAAAACUCAUCGAGCGUCAACGAUCAUUGUUGACGCGCCGCCGGAGAAGCUGAACAUUAGUGAGACAUUUUGGCGUUUCCUGAGGAGCGACCGCACCCGGAGAUGUCAAGAUCAUCUGAAGAAAUGGACCGGAGUUCCCUAUAUCACAGUUCGCUAUCAACGACACAAAACGCGACGAUACAUACCGUCGAUGCUCCCGGCGAACAUGUCGAUCCUGCAGCUGAGACUCGCCGCGUUCCCUAACUCAAACCUCUACAAUAUGCCGGGAACUUUCACCAUGAGCAACACUUACUCGAUGAAAGUUCAUUACUGCGGAACAGACGUACAGAUAUUCGCUAUGCAACAAUGUCUGCGCAAUGAGAACUUCCAAGCAGCCAUUCUUGAGGGGAACUACACAUUACUGAAGCAGUAA